AUGGCCACAACUCAUACCACUCUCCAAGCGCCCUUUGAGACAAUUUCCCUGGCAAGCAGGAGCCAGAAUGAAGAUCCCCCAGAGACUCGUCGGGCGGGGCGAGUCUUUGAAGCUGACCCUGCAUUCACGACAAGUCCAGCAUCACGUCGACUGAUCAUCUCGCUACUGGUUUGUGCAAAUACGAUCCAGUUCAUGUCCAAUUGUGUCACCAUCGCUGGCGGUCUAGCUCUGAGUAAAGAUCUGGGGCGUGAAUCAGGUCCCGGCAAGGCGAACUGGAUGGUCGCUUCGUAUCCACUCACUCAAGGUGCAUUCGUCCUGGUGACUGGCCGACUGGGCGCCAUCUACGGCCACUCCCAACUCACCCUUCUCGGCUGUGCAAUCUUCACCCUCUUCUCUCUCAUCAAUGCCUUCACCAAGACAUAUGACUCUUUCAUCGCCAUGCGCUCUUUGACAGGUGUUGGUGGCGGUGUCUUUAUGCCCAAUGCCGUCUCAAUUAUUACCACCAUGGUUCCACCAGGCCGAUCGCGAAACGUCGUUUUGGGUUUCUUCGCAGCGUCGCCGCCUCUCGGAGGAAUGAUUGGCGCAUUAUUCGCGGGUGUGUUUAUUGAUAAUGUGAAUUGGAUGUGGCUUUUUGUUCUCAUUGCUGGUAUCGCGGCUUUCAACCUGGCUUGGUUGGCGUACCUCAUGCCGAAGGAAACCCCAGUUGACAAGGGUGGGCAUAUCGAUAUUCCUGGAAUCAUCUUGGGACUGGGAAGUUUACUACUCUUUAACGUAGUAUGCAACCAAGCACCAUCAGCUGGAUGGAACGCGCCCUACGAGAUAGCCCUGCUGGUUCUUUCCGUGGUCAUGUUCCUUGCCUUCCUGCUCUGGGAGAAGCGUUAUGCCAAGGACCCCAUCAUGCCAUUGUCAGUCUUUCAAGCGCCGACCUUCACAGCUCUGGUCUUUGUUGUGCUCUUGAGCUACAUGGCAUUCGGAAUCGGGCUUUGGUAUUCAACAAGCUGGCAGUACCUCCUGCGCGGAGUAUCUGUCACCCGAAUUGGCAUUCAUUGGGUGCCAUUCGGGCUCAGCUCUGUGCUCGCUGUAUUUAUCGCAGCAUGGCUAAUCCCCCGCGUUGCAGCGCAAUGGAUCAUGGCGAUCGGUGUGACUGUUACUCUGGUUGGCAAUAUCCUCCUCGCGACAAUGCCAGUACAACAAACGUACUGGGCGCAGGUCUUCCCAGCCAUGGUUCUCUACGGUUUCUGCCCCGACUUGGUAUACGUCGCCGCACAAGUGAUCGCCAGCAACAGUGUCAAUCGUCGUCAACAGGGCGUAGCGAGUAGUCUGAUUGGAACUCUGAACCUUUACGGAAACAGUUUAGGUCAAGGCUUUGCUGGGACGAUUGAGACGGAGAUUGGAACAAACAACAACGAUGAGGUUAGAGGAUACAGGGCAGCUCUGUAUUUUGCGGCUGGCCUGGCACUGCUUGGCUUGGCUUUGGAUAUCUUGUUUGUCAGGGUGCCGAAGGAUCAGCGCGAAGGAUGGGAUGAUCCGUCCGAUAGCGGUGAACAAGAGCUGAAUGGCAUGACUACCGCUAUUGAGGGACGGGCCUCACUGCGAACUUGA